AUGCUGCAGCUGGCCGGCGCGCUCCGCGCGCGGGGGCUCGCCGUCACCAUCCUCCACACGGCAUUCAACGCGCCGGACCCCGCGCGCCACCCUGGCCUCGCCUUCGUCGCGGUGCCCGACGCCAUCCCGGAGGCUGCCGGCGCCAACGGCAUCGCCAAGAUCCUUGCCCUCAACGCCGCCAUGGAGGCCUCCGGGCGAGUCCGCGCCGCGCUCGCGUCUCUCAUGGCUACGGCGGCGGCGGAGGGGAGCCCCGGCUGGCGUGCCUGGUCCUCGACUCCACCCUCCCCGCCGCCCAGAAGGCCGCCGCCGCCAUCGGCCUGCCCACGCUCGUGCUCCACACCGGCGAUAAAGGAGCUGCCACCACUGAAGGUGAGCGACCUGUUCAACCCAAGCAAGCUCCCCAACAAGAAGAUCGGGCAGAGGAUCCUGAACCUGGCCACGGAGACCACGACGAACUCCUCCAGCGCGAUCCUCAACACAUUCUAA